CAGUGGGAUAUCCAUUAGGGGCUGUUCACACCGAACACGUUUUUUGCGUCCGUAUGCGGCUGCGCUCUUUCAUUAUGUUUUUCUACGUAAACACGCUCAGUUUAGACGGACAUCUUGCGCCGCGUCCAGCUGUUUUUUAGCGUCUCAAUGCGUCUCGCGAAAGAGCGCGGCAUCCUGACAUAGAUCUACAUCCUGACAUUGUAAUUAAUUUGUAACCAUGAGUAUAUGGGUUAAAUAAAGGUCGCUGAGAUGAAUUUAUGAAUGCACAACAAGAGGGCAACAUUUCGCCAACAUCAUUAUAUUAAGGUGUUUACAAUCUGACACACAUGGUGAAUGUGAAGAUGUCUGCUGUAUCGCCUGUAGUUUAAUUAGCUGUCUGUCUGGGUGUGGAACAGCGAAUACUUUGUUACCAUUGUGAUCCAGUUCAGUUCCUUGCACUGAAUGACUCUUCAUUGUAAUCUGAUGACAAGGCGACCAUAAUGAGUGAAAGCAGUGGAACACAUGGUGGACAGCCCAUGGCAUCAACAUUUUGUCUACGCUGCAUUUCACCGCAACAAGACAAGUGUGAAGGCAACAUUAAACUCGGAGGUCCCCCCAUACCAAGCUGUGAGAAUUAAAACAGAUGGAGAACAUGUUGAGAGUCCAAGUGCCUCACAUGAGGAGAGUUACUCGCCUGCAGCUGAAAAUCCACUCAGAAGAAUACUGCAGCCUUACGGGUGGCAUCUGCAUGCCCAACCUAGAACCAAGCGGAAGUUACUCCAGUCUACAAGCUCAGGACCCUACUCCCCACUGACUGUGGCUUACAAUGGCAAGAUAUGCAUCCUUUUCAAAGCUAAGAGACUGGCUAUUCGAUACAGGAACAACACUUUUCUGGACCUCACAGAGAGGGUGUUUGGAACCAAUGCACUAGUGGACACCAAAGGCUCUGUUUGUACCAAGGAGAAGGCCACGCUCUCUUUGCAUUUGGGCGAUGUGGAAGACAUCAGGGGUCUUGUCAUCAGGCUUCAGAUGUCCAACACAUUCUACGAAUCAGUUGGCCAAAACUGGUUUACCUUGGACAGCGUUCACAUCCACUACAACUGGACUCACGAGGCUACGUUCAAUGCCACGGAGGUCUAUGCCCCUGCUACCUAUUCUUACCACUGCCAGCAUGUCAGCAGCUUACAGAAAUAUGACACCCUACUGGUGCCCAGCUCCUACACUGACAGCUCGGCAAACUGGCACAUCACUUUCACAGAUUUUCAGAUCCAGGCCUUCAAUGUCCAGUCCAACAAAUUUGCUUCAGCUAGUGACUGCGCAACCUUCUUCACUCCAGCCAUCUUGAUGGGCCUCAUCACCUCUCUGAUCCUGCUGCUGGUGUUGGCCUAUGCCCUGCACAUGGUUGUCCACCUCAAGCACAUUGACCGUUAUGAAGAGCACAAGACUACUGUCUACUUCCCCCGCACCCCUGAGGCUGAGCUCCCAGACAAGAACAGUGUAUAAGGAGUGGCGCCAGUCAUGCAAAAGACCAGUGUGGACUUAGGACGAAAGGAUUACUAUUUCUGAUUCUGGAUGGCUGCAUUGUCCUCUUGGUCUUCCUCCUGCCUGGUAUGAAAUCUUGAACAACCAAACUUCUUUCAUUGCAGAAGAUGAGAUUACCUGAUGAAUCCAAACUAAACCCAGGCCGGAGCCAGAACCUGGACAUAAAACGGCUCUCCAGGACCAGGACUGGGAAGCCUAUGAAAUGGGAACAAAAUAUUUUGAGAUUGCCUUUUCAUAAACCACCAUUCUGGCGGGUUUUGCAAAGCACUUCACUGACUGAAUACAAGUACUGAGGUUAGAAAUAUCCAAACUGACUGGGCGAUGACAGAAGACAAAGGACAAGCUGUGAAACGACAGUGAUUUGGUCUGUUAUGGAAGUCUUCUUUUUUUACACUACUCCAAAAAUCACCAUAUCAUUCAUCUGGUGUCUGUAGACUAUGGGGGUUACUGAUCUGCCAAUUACUAGAACUGUUUUAUGACUGCCAAAGUGGUGCAAAACUGUUUGUCAGCCUUGAUGCAGAACUGACAGAAUGUGAAUAUGAAAAGUACUAAACAAAUUGUAAAUGUACAGUGCUUAAUAUUCUGCUGUAUUGAAUUUAAGUAUUGCAGUACUAUACAAAGUAGAUUCAGGAACCCCAUCAAUAUAAUCACUGACUUUAAAUUAUCAGCUAGAUAUUAAUAUAAAUCUUGAUCCAUAACUGCUAUUUUAGUAACUAACAAACUUCCCGUAUUAAGCACCUUCAAAAUCACUAAAUAGUAAAAACUGCAUAAAACAUGUAGCUGAUCUUUUUUUAAGCUUCAGAAGUAUCUGAUAUAUUGCACCGAAUUUAUAUAUAUAUAUAUAUAUAUAUAUAUAUAUAUAUAUAUAUAUAUAUAUAUAUAUAUAUAUAUAUAUAUAUAUAUAUAUAUGAGCUCAUAAUUGCUAGAUCUAUUUACAGUCCCUUUUCAGGCGGAAUAUAUAAUGACCGCUAGAUGAAAUUAGCACCACUUAUGAAUUUACACUAUGUACAGUAUAACUAAAGUCAGGUAAUGCUGAUGCUGACAGAAUGCUGUACAAUUAUUCAUAUAAGUGUUUAAUACCCUCAGUAUCAUAAUCAGUAUUCCUCUGUAUCUACAAUGAAAACAUCAGUAACUCAUUAUCACAGUAUCCUGCAGCAUGACAGUGACUAGAGAUAAACCUCUACCAUGGCACGUCUGAUACUGGAAGUAGCAAUGUGUAAUGUGUUCAUUUGGCUUGAAUGAUAGCAUUCACACUGAAGUGCACCAGGUUUCCUGAACAUCAGUCAAUUACGUCAGUUGUCUGAACAAUAAAUGGUGAUCAGAUCAAAAAGUUGUGUGCAUACCUUUGUCAUGCCCACUCAAAAAUGUUGAGACUAAACAAUAGUUGCUACUG